UGGCUGUCUUUCCGCUAGGCUCCGAGCAUCACCUAACAAGCCCAGCGAACAAAGAAUGGGAAAUAAAGCUAUCCUUAGCCGGUCAGUGAAUGAAUUGUAAUCUGUCUCUGUGGAGUAAAGGUUGUGCCGGUCAAUGGUCGUUUCAAAUGAUGGACAUUAAACAGAUUGUCAAAUCCUGUGGAGUCGUUAGGAAAGAGUUUGGAGUUUUUUUCACAACGUCACAGUAUUAACUGCAGAGAAAAGGACAGAGAAGACCCUGCUCAUGCACAUAGUUCUGAAACUUGCAGGUCCUAGAAGCCAGCUCCAAAGCUAGCUGGACAUCCCUUUCAGCUCUCUGAGCAGAAGCAAAGUAAGACAUUGUGAGCUGGCCAGCUCUGCACAAAAUUGAAAGGGACCGCAUUUGUAGCACAGAGGGGUCUUUUUUAGCUCUGCAUAUAAUUAGUCCAAACACAAAGGAAGCAGCUGAAUGGAGGUUGUCACUCUCUGGAAAAGGGUGGGUAAGACACUUUUUAAUUAAAUUCUUUCAUGAAGAAAGAUUUUUUUUUCUUUUCUUUUCAGCAGCCUCUAACAUGAGCAAAAUCACUAUCUUUUUACCUUGUCAUUUCUGUGAACUUUAAAUGCUGCACAGCUUCUGCAUGCUGUAAAGGUGAAUCGUGUGGGUGUGCUUUCUGUCUCUCUCUCUCUCUCUCGCUCGCUCGCUCGCUCGCUCUUCUUUGGGGGGGGGGGUGUCUUUUUUUAUUUUUUUGAAUUUUUUUUCCCGAAUAAAAUAUGAUGUAGAAUUUGACAAACAAUUCAAUGGACAUUCUCAAGCCGACCUGGGAAGAUUCUCGCUAAUGGAUUUCCUUCUUAUUGGUCUCUGUUUAAACUGGUUGCUGAAGAAGCCCCCGGGGUGGAUAUUGUGGACGCUGGGGGUCUGGUUUAAAAUGCUUCCAGCUGCGAAUACUGGCUGCCCCCAGCUCUGUCGGUGUGAGGGCAGGCUUUUGUACUGUGAGUCACUGAAUCUUACAGAGAUGCCUCAUAACCUGUCCGGCAUGAUGGGCUUGUCUCUGCGGUACAACGGCCUCUCGGAGCUGCGCGAUGGACAGUUCGCAGGGUUAAUGCAGCUCACGUGGCUCUAUCUGGAUCACAAUCACAUUUGCUCAGUGGAGAGGAAUGCCUUUCAAAAACUGCGGAGAGUUAAAGAACUCACUCUGAGUUCCAACAAAAUCACCCAACUGUUCAACGCCACGUUCCGCCCCAUGCCCAACUUGCGCAGUGUGGAUUUAUCGUAUAAUAACCUGCAGGCUUUGGAACCGGACCUGUUUCACGGGCUGAGGAAGCUAACGACUUUACACAUGCGGUCCAACGCUCUCAAGUUUGUGCCCGUGAGAAUCUUCCAGGACUGUCGCAGCCUGAAGUUUCUGGACAUAGGAUACAAUCAGUUGAAGAGCCUGGCUCGAAACUCUUUUGCCGGCUUGUUUAAGCUGACGGAGCUCCACCUGGAGCACAACGAUCUGGUGAAGGUGAAUUUAGCUCACUUUCCGCGCCUGAUUUCCCUGCACUCCCUCUCCCUGCGGAGGAAUAAAGUGACCAUUGUGGUCAACUCCCUGGACUGGGUAUGGCAGCUGGAAAAGAUGGAUCUCUCGGGUAACGAGAUCGAGUACAUCGAGCCGCACGUCUUCGAAACCGUACCUCACCUCGACUCCCUCCAGCUGGACUCCAAUCGGCUCACCUACAUUGACCCCAGAAUCCUAAACUCCUGGAAGUCCCUGUCGAGCAUCACCCUCUCGGGAAACGUCUGGGAUUGCGGCCGCAACGUGUGCGCCUUGGCCUCUUGGCUGAGCCACUUUAAAGGGCGCUACGACGGCAACUUGCUCUGCGCCAGCCCCGAGUAUGCCCAGGGCGAGGAUGUUUUAGACGCAGUGUACGCUUUCCACCUCUGCGAAGAUGCAGCGGACCCAACGAGUGUGAAUCUGCUCUCGGCGGUGACAAACCACAGUGAGAAAGCGUUCGGCUACAGUCCCGCCACCCCCGUCUAUGAUGUGCAGGAUAUCGAAGGGGACAGAACCACUGACGCUAUCCCCGUCACCCUGCCCGGGGAAAACUCCGAGAACGCGGUGCAGAUUCAUAAGGUGGUAACAGGGACUAUGGCACUGAUCUUUUCCUUUCUCAUAGUGGUGUUGGUGUUGUAUGUCUCUUGGAAGUGUUUCCCGGCCAGCCUAAGGCAACUUAGACAGUGCUUUGUAACGCAGCGUAGGAAGCAGAAGCAGAAACAGACCAUGCAUCAAAUGGCUACAAUGUCGGCUCAGGAGUAUUAUGUUGAUUACAAACCCAACCACAUUGAAGGAGCCCUGGUGAUCAUUAAUGAAUACGGAUCUUGUUCUUGUCACCAGCAGCCCGCGAGGGAAUGUGAGGUCUGAUUGUCAGUGUGGGAUCUAAAGCGGUGUGCAGCCAAAAAACAAUGGGCAGAUAGACAGUUGUGAUGGGAUCUCAUUGUGUUUUCUGAUGAUUUCUGAUGCACUCCUUGACUGAAAUUGUAAGAGGAUCUGUCUCAAAGACUUGAUAUUUUAGCUUUAUCGUGUCUUAACCCUUCAGGACAGUCAAUCUUAAAUUUCAUAUGAUAAACACAACACUCCUUUUGAAGAUCUGUCAAUAUUCAGGAAUCUGAAAGUGUAAAAAGGUACCGAUCAUCUAAUUUUUUUUUGUAAACUAAAAUGUUGAAAAUAAAAUAGCAUUUACAGUUUCUACA